GGACAAGAAAGGGAGGAAGCGCCGCCGGGGCUUGGAAAGUGCAGGACUGGAAGUGCGCGCCAGCCAGGGCCGCAAAUCUCAGUGCGCAACUUCCUUUGAUCCGGGGGGAACCCAGGAAUCCGAGCCCAGGCUAAUCAGGACGGAAAGGACAAAGAUGCUUUGGUUUCAGAACAACACAGUACAGCGAAUAAGAUAUCCCCUUGGACUAUUGUUUAGAAAUCUCUGUGCUUCCAAGAGAAAUCUGCCAGUGUUAACCUUAUUCACAAAGGAUCCAUGUCCACUUUGCAUUGAAGCAAAGGAAAUGCUUGAGCCAUAUAAAAACAGAUUUAUUUUACAGGAGGUGGACAUCACACUCCCAGAGAACUCUGCCUGGUAUGAAAGAUACAAAUCUGACAUUCCCGUCUUCCAUUUUAAUGGCCAGUUCCUGAUGAUGCAUCGAGUGGACAUCCCCAAACUUGAGAAACAGCUUCUGAAAUGGUAGCAAUAAAUGCCUCUCUGGUUUACACAGAGCUUGGGGUGGCUGAAGGUAUUCUGGAAUGGGAGCUGAAUGGCUUGUUUGACCAUGUUAAUUUGAUAGAAUAAAAGCUUUUGAUUUUUCUA